AUGGUGGCAACAGCAUUGGUUCCCAGUUACGUCAAGCCAGGAUGCACAGAAAUGUGUGGGAAUGUCAUGAUUCCAUACCCUUUUGGAAUCGGACCCAACUGUUUUCUCAACAAAUGGUACGCUGUCGAUUGCAACUCAUCCACGCCAUAUUUAUCUGCUCUCAAAAACCUGCCAUUGUUAGUUGUAGACUUGAAGGAUCAGACGGUUCUUGUCAAUGUCACAAUGAGCUCCGGUUGUCAAAACCCUGUUUCGAAUAGCAGUCAACUCUUGAACAUUGACCUUGGUGACACCCCGUUUCUGUUUUCCAAAUCACACAACAAAUUCAUCGUAGAGGGAUGCGGUGCUGCUGUUAUCUUGAGCAAUGGAAAUGCGCUCACCGGGUGUACACCGACAUGCUUUCAGAAACCUGUAAGUUAUAGGAGAAGAGAUUGCUUUGGGAUCAAUUGUUGUCAAACCAACGUUCCUUAUUAUAUGAAGACGUUUGCUGUGAAUGUCACGACUUCCAGUAGGCAGAUGACUGGAUAUAAGUCUAGAUCUUGUGUGUCUGCUUUCUUGGAAGCUGCUGAUUCAUAUGUUCGUAAGUUCUUUCCGGGCCAAUCUGGUGUUGGGAGCAACUCUUUGGUCCCGUUAGUACUUCGCUGGACUCUAACAGAAAAUGAUAUCAGCCAAAGGAGCUGCGGUGUCAUCAAAACACAUAAAUUGGAAACGAGUAAUGACACUUUAGUGUCGACUGUGACAUGUCACUGCCAGUCUGAAAUAGAAGAAGGAAACCCUUAUUUAGGAUGUCAAGUUACUGAAGAAUGUACAAAGUGCAUGGAUACUUGGGGCUACUGCAGAUACAAUGAAUCAAAUGAUGGUGUCCGGAACUUCUAUUGUGACCAUCGAUUCCACAAUGGUGGAAACAAAUCAUCAUCAUCUCGAGCUAUUUUUCUAGGUGUUGGCAUAAGCAUUGGGGUCCUAAUUCUUACCGUCACUAGCAUUGCAACAUACAAAAUAAUACGAAGAACCAAAGAAAAAAGGCGAAGAAAAAGAUUCUUUGAACGCAAUGGAGGCCUUCUUCUAAAACAACAGGAAGCCGGUAAGGAGGGUUUAGCUGAUAAAACCAACCUUUUCACUUCCUAUGAGCUCGAAAAUGCAACCGAUCACUUUAACGAGAAUAGGAUUCUUGGUCGGGGAGGUCAAGGUACAGUUUACAAAGGCAUGCUAACCGAUGGAAGGCUUGUGGCGGUCAAGAAGUCAAAGGCAGUUGAUGAAAGUCAAUUAGAGCAAUUCAUCAAUGAAGUUGUCAUCCUUUCACAAGUCAAUCAUCGAAAUGUGGUUAAGUUAUUGGGAUGUUGCUUAGAGACAGAGGUUCCUUUACUAGUUUCAGAGUUUGUCCCAAAUGGAACAUUGUACAAGCAUAUUCAUGAUGAGACCGGGGAGGUUUUUGUUCCUUUGAACAUGCGAUUACGAAUUGCUACGGAGGUAGCUGGAGCGCUUUCUUACUUGCAUUCAGCCACUUCAAUCCCAAUAUACCAUAGGGACAUCAAAUCUACCAAUAUACUUUUGGAUGAAAAAUAUAGAGCCAAGAUAUCAGAUUUUGGAACUUCAAGAUUCAUCUCAAUAAGCCAAACUCACUUAACUACAUUGGUCCAAGGGACAAUUGGGUACUUGGAUCCAGAGUACUUUCAGUCUAGUCAGUUUACUGAAAAGAGUGAUGUUUAUAGCUUUGGGGUUGUUUUGGUUGAACUUUUAACAGGAGAAAAACCAAUAUCACUAACUAGAUUCGGUGAAACUAGAAGCUUGGUUACACACUUUAUGAUGGCCUUUGAAGAAGAUCGAGUGAUGUCUAUUCUUGAUGAAAAGAUUGUGAGGGAGGGUGCUAUGGAUGAAUUAAUGGAAGUAGUUAAAUUGGCAUUUAGAUGCUUAAAUUUGUAUGGAAAGAACAGACCAACAAUGAAGGAAGUAGCAUCGGUGUUGGAAGCCAUUAGAACAUCAAAUAUGUCAUCUAUGGUUCUACCAGAUUUUGGAAAAGUGAAGUGCAAUGAUGGAGAAGAAGAGUUUCUUAUAUUGUCAUACUGUGAGUCAACAUCAACCAGUUUUAUGUAG